AUUGCAAGACACUGGUACUUUGCGGCCAAGGCUCGCUGCCAUGGACCCAGUGCUACUUGUAUAUGGCCUCGCUGUGCAGACCUUCAAGCUGAAUUCGCUGGAAGGUGAGAACUUCAAAAUUCUCUUGUCGCUCCGAUCUUCCCACAUUGCACAAAUCAGCUGAUCAGAUUACACGGCUAUACUUGAGUAAAUUCUCAGACUUACGCGACUAUCUGUAGUCGGUCACUACGAUGGAUUCCGGAACAUGGCAUGAUACUGACUCUUGCAAGUGUCAUUUAUUGGGCAAGAACAUCAUCGUCUACCUCACGAUUGCUAUGUUUGCUUUGGGUAUCAUUGUACCAGGAUACUUUUAUAUCUCAAAGAUGUAUCAAAUCAAAGCCCUUGAAAAUCGAAUUACAGAAUGUGUAGCGAUGCAUAGGCUACAUUCAGAAGCUAUAGGAAAUUUCAGGGUCUAAUUCAAUGGAGUGAAAAAUAAUACGCCUCGACCUGUUCUGGUGCAGAACCCAUCAGGCAGGUAUAUGAUAGCAAUCAAAAGCAAUUCUACCACGAAUGCAGCUUCAAGCUCGGAAGGUCCAGAGAGAGAUGACAUUGAAAGUUUGGAAUCUGAGCAGACAGAAUAGCUUCCAGCUCCUGAUUACAGUUGAAUGUCAUCAUGACAUUGGAGGACUGAAGUACGAUUAUGUAGCGGCUGGAAUUCAAUCUACUGGCACAUUACAAAACUGCUUUAGUUUCAUGAUAUAGUGAAGCAUGCUUCAUCAUAUUAACCCUUUAUCGCUUUCCACUGUGCUUUCUACUUCCAACUUAAAAUUUGUUCAAGCAUAUCGUACAGGAGUGUGGACUGGAAUUGGAUCAAUCGAGU